GACAACAAUAACAUCCCGCACUGUUGGAAGUAGCGUUUGAAGGGCAUAAGACAGACGGCUCGAGAAAAAUAACGAUGGUGGACUCAUUACCAGCAUCCUUAAAGACGUAGAUUUAAUGAGUCUUGUACGACGUCGAACAUUAGCCCCGCUAGCUUAGCAGUCGUCAAACUGGAGCGUGCUGAACAGAGGAAGGACAGUUUGUCCCUGAUACACUGACAUUUGGGGUCCGAAACAGAGAGGAAAAAUGAAGUUCGCUCAGUUCUUGCUGAAAAAUGGCUCUGUUGCUGGGAUACCGAAACAAGUGGAGAGGUUUUCUAAGUUUUCCCCUUCUCCCUUGUCUAUGAAGCAAUUCAUAGACUUUGGCUCGGCCAAUGCAUGUGAGAAGACCUCCUUUGUGUUCCUGCGGCAGGAGCUUCCUGUCAGACUGGCCAACAUCAUGAAGGAAAUUGAUUUCCUCCCUGACAAGCUCCUCAGCACUCCAUCCCUAAAGCUCCUCACCAGCUGGUAUUCACAGAGUUUGUUGGAGCUGGUAGAUUUUUUAGAACAAGAUCCAGAUGAUAAGGAUGUCCUGACAAGCUUUACACAGACUCUGGUGAACAUCCGUAAUCGGCACAACAACGUGGUGCCCACCAUGGCUCAGGGUGUGGUGGAGUACAAGGAGGCCUUCGGCGUGGACCCCGUCACCAACCAGAACGUUCAAUACUUCCUGGACCGCUUCUACAUGAGCCGCAUCUCCACGCGCAUGCUCAUGAACCAGCACACAUUAAUCUUCGAAGGCAGUGUGAACCCAGCCCAUCCCAAACAUAUUGGCAGCAUUGAUCCCACCUGUGAUGCUGUGGAGGUAGUAAAAGAUGCCUAUGAGACUUCAAAGAUGCUGUGUGAGCAGUAUUACCUCACCUCUCCUGAUAUGGAGAUCAAAGAAGUCAAUUCCAAAAACCCUGACCAGCCCCUCCACAUUGUCUAUGUGCCAUCCCAUCUCUACCAUAUGCUGUUUGAGCUUUUCAAGAACGCCAUGAGAGCUACAGUAGAGACCCAUGAGACGAGCCCCACGUUGCCCCCGAUCAAAGUGAGAGUUUCACUGGGGAGUGAGGACCUCACUAUCAAGAUGUCUGACAGAGGAGGUGGAGUCCCUCUGAGGAAGAUUGAGCGUCUCUUCAGCUACAUGUACUCCACAGCUCCCAGUCCAGUCCAUGCAGACAACUCUCGCAAUGCGCCACUGGCUGGUUUUGGCUAUGGCCUGCCCAUCUCCCGUCUGUAUGCCAAGUACUUCCAGGGAGACCUGCAGCUCUACUCUAUGGAGGGCUAUGGCACCUCAGCUGUCAUAUACCUGAAGGCCUUGUCCUCAGAGUCAAUAGAGAGACUUCCUGUUUUCAACAAGUCAGCCUUACGGCAUUACCAGGCGACCACAGAGGCUGAUGACUGGUGCAUGCCCAGCAAGGAUCCAAAGAAACUGGGUUAUAUGAAAAACCCAGCUAAAGCCAGCUACAGUGGGAACAUGUCAGUUAAACAGAAUGGGAACAUGUUCAAUGACUCCAGCAUAAACGAAAAGGGAGCAAAGUCGGCCUCGUCCACGUUUGUUCAUGAAAGCACUUCAGUCCUUCAUAUGCAGCAUGCUUCAUACGACUUCUGCAUUUUAUUGCAGUUGUCAUACAACUGCAGCAUUUCAGAGACACUAUAAGAAAAAUGGAAUGGUUAGGAGUGGUGUUAAACAAAAUUAUUUUUGCAAUGAUAGUACCAAUGUAAAAUCCAUUGUUCCAUUUGUAAUGUUUUAGCAUCUUCAAUAUGGGAUGUAAAGAGCAUUUUAUGCUUUUAAUAGAGGAUUCUGCUUGUUGGUGCUACCUUGUGCCUGAGCCUUCAAUACAUGCGAGCUGAGAUUACGUUCAAAGCUGGAUCACGUUGAAUAUUGAGACAGUGUAGACAUGCUAUGGAGCUCCACAGAGCACAAGUGGAAUUGUUAAAACAUAGUAUUGCAAGUUAAUAUGUAUGACUGAAUUGUUAAUAAUUGUAUUUUGAUUGUAAUAACUGCCAAGUUAACCUCAAGCGUCACAAAAUUUUUCCCCUGUUGAAACUGAAGUUAAUUACAGUAGGAGCUAAAAAUACACACUUUGUAAACUUUUUACAAAAAUGUUUUCAGUGUUUUUUUUUUUUAAGAUGAACUGUCUAUAACUACAUGGUGUAUCUCUGCAUGUUGAAGGUCAUUUGGUAAUUUCCCCAGGUGUUGUGUGAUGAUGCACGUGCUGUAUAUUUAAUUUGACUUGCUUUAGAGGGUGUGAAGGCCUGUGUGAAAAUGUUAAAUGUUGCACUGCAGAAAAACGGUACUUCAGCUUUCUGUUAUGUGAAACACUGUAAGCCAUCAUGCUCAGAUCAGUGUAACAUGUUGGGAUGAUACACACACUGAGGUAAAUGUAGCAGACACAUAGGAACCUCACAGUCAUAUGCUCAGACAAUGCUAUAAGUAAGCUGUAUUGAUUUAGUAGAUUUCUUCUCGCAUCUGUAUCUAACAAAUUCACGUUUCCCAUGUCCUCAUUUGAUACCCAUCAUACUUUCAUACAUUUCUCAAUUCAGUCUUUGUCAAGUUUGAAGUGUUUAGAAUUGCCUCGAACGUGUCUCUGACAUGUUCGCAUUUUAUGCUAUGUAAACAUUACCCUCAAAGGCCAAGUAUUACUGUACUGAAGUUGUGGUUCACCACUAAAAGGACCAGUGAAUGCAGAAAAUAAAAAGCAUGACACUU